CCCCCCACACACCGUGUCCUCUCUUGAGGAAACCUUGGCCAAGGCGGAGAGGUUAAUGUUUUCCAGCCUCGAGGGAGGGGAGGGGAAAGGAAGGGGAAGUUCUGCGGCAGGGCUGUCUGGCUCAGCUUUCCCAGGCAGCCUGAGAUGAAAUCAUUUUCGGGGGCGUUGGCAUGGCAUCCUUCAAGACUUUCGGGCAGGCUGGGCAGAGAGAAGACGAGGAGCAUGGAGGCGACUUGGACCGAUCUCUCCAGCAGAUGCUUCGGGCGAUAGUGGAGGAGAGAAACCGUAUUAACAUCCGUCACGAGAUCAGCGGGCUUGGAUGUUUCAAAGAUGACCGUAUUGUCUUCUGGACAUGGAUGUUUUCCACUUACUUUAUGGAGAAAUUGGCCUCCCGACAGGAUGACAUGCUGUUCUAUGUCCGCAGAAAAUUGUCCUGCAUUGGUGGAGAUAAUAUGGAUGGGAAAAAGCAGGUUGAUGUUGAAGUGUACCGCAGGGAUUCUAAGAAGCUGCCUGGCCUGGGUGAUCCAGAUAUUGACUGGGAGGAGAGUGUCUGCUUGAACCUAAUUCUGCAAAAGCUGGAUUACGUAGUGACAUGUGCUGUGUGCACUCGUUCAGAUGGAGGGGAUAUCCACAUUCAUAAGAAGAAAUCUCAGCAAGUCUUUGCAUCUCCAAGUAAGCAUCCUAUGGACAGCAAAGGGGAGGAAUCAAAAAUCAGCUAUCCAAACAUAUUUUUCAUGAUUGACAACUUUGAAGAGGUAUUCAGUGACAUGACUGUAGGGGAAGGUGAGAUGGUUUGUGUGGAGCUAGUGGCCAGUGACAAAAGUAACACCUUCCAAGGAGUCAUCUUCCAGGGGUCCAUCCGCUAUGAAGCCCUCAAGAAGGUCUAUGACAAUAGGGUAAGCGUUGCAGCAAAAAUGGCACAAAGGAUGUCCUUUGGGUUUUAUAAGUACAACAAUAUGGAAUUUGUGCGUAUGAAGGGGCCGCAGGGGAAAGGCCAUGCAGAAAUGGCAGUGAGUCGUGUUUCGACAGGUGACACUUCUCCCUAUGGUACUGAAGAGGAUUCUAACCCAAACUCGCCUCUGCAUGAGAGAGUCACUUCUUUCAGUACUCCCCCAACUCCAGAACGCAACAACCGCCCGUCCUUUUUCUCCCCUUCUCUCAAGAGGAAAGUGCCCCGGAAUCGAAUUGCGGAAAUGAAGAAAUCUCAUUCUGCCAAUGACAGUGAGGAGUUCUUUAGGGAUGAUGAUGAUGGAGACCUGCACAAUGCGAGCAACCUCCGGUCUCGGUCUUUAUCUGGAACAGGAAGAUCUCUUGUGGGCUCUUGGCUGAAGCUGAACAGGACAGAUGAAAACUUCCUACUCUAUGCACACUUAACCUACGUCACAUUGCCAUUGCAUCGGAUCUUAACAGAUAUUCUAGAGGUGCGGCAGAAACCGAUUCUGAUGACAUAGCAGAGAACUGGGCACUGCCUUGGAAAACUUGCUGCCAAGUGCCUAAAAACCCUCCCCAGCACCUAAGUUCAGUGGUCUUCUGUCAUAGCAUCGCCAUCUAGUGUCAGGAACUUAACAUUACAUGGAAAAAAGGGAUGUCUAGGAAUUACCAGCCAGCCAAUCAAGAAGUGCCUCUUCCUUCGUUCCUCUGCUAGAAUACUGUAUGCUCACUUAAAAGAAAAAGAAAAACUACACCUCUUUAUAGGUAUGACUGGCAUAACAUUUCCAAUAAACAAAAAAAUCAAGCACCAUCACAAAAGUAGGGGCUGUGUUUAAAGACAAUGCUCUAUGGACAAUUUGUAACAGUGUUUACUUCAUAAUUGGAAACCAACCAAUAUGUACAGAAUGUAUUAAUCUUUAUAUACUUUGAGAGAAACAUCCAUAGGAUUUCAUACUGAUAUACCAAUGAACUUUGUUUCAUAGACUCUUGAGAAACUCUCCUUGUUGCAUAAUAAAACAAAUUUGUGUUGUGUGUUUCAGGAUGGCAGAAUAGCAUAACAACACAGGAAAGUCAAGGAUUUAGACUAAAUGCUGCCUGGCUUCAUGUCAGAGUCCAAAUGGAACGAGGUGGCAUGUUCUUUUCCCCACUUCUCUCUGUGGCAUAGUUGGAAAGCUUGCAGCGCAAACUUGAUUCUACAGUGAAAUUGCCUUUGCCUACCAAAGAUCUGUAAAAAGCCCAGCCAAAAAUGUCUGAAAGAGUGAGAUCGGUGUUAGAAUAAAUUUACUUGCUAAGUGUGUGAUUGAUCUAAAUUUGGUAUGGUCAGUAGAUCUAUAGUGUAUAUGUCUGCACCUGACAAGCAGGAAGACUUUAAAGCAAGGCCUAGUACCAAAAAAUCUAGUAGAUCUCAGAUACAAUUGCAGUGUCUUCAUUUACACAGAACAGGAACUUAAAGUGAAGUGAGCUGCUGCAAUCGGUACUUUUCAUCAGUAUUCUAUAAAUGCCACUGCAGUCACUUCCUCUAGAUCUUGGUUGUAUUAAUUUUGUGACUUGGAGGAAAGCUGUUACUUGUUUGUGGACUGUUUGAUUGUAGAUCAAGUUCUUUUAAAAAAAACAGUUCUGAGACUAGGAGGUUGUUUCACUGCUUGAUGAACAUGCAUGCUGUUUGCAGAUGAGCUCUUUCAAAGCAAAACCAAAAGUUUGUUCAGGUUUGUUUGAACUUCAGACUUGCCUGUGCUAGAUUGGUGCUUGGAAUGUUACAGAUUCCCUCUCUGUUCCUCACAGCAGCUUGGCAGCUCUGUUUUACAUAUAUGUGCUCCCUCUGCAACCUUUGUUACCCAACAAAUGCCAACACAGCUUGCACACACAAUAGUUGAGCUUGGCAUGGUUUCUGAGUUUGGACUCACAGCUCCAAGAAUCCUCCCAUAUUGUGGAGUUGUCUGAAUGAGGAACCACACCAAAGUCUGCAGAUAUGGGUAUGUGUGUGCUCCUUGAACAAGAGAAGAAAAAGCAGAUAGCCCUAACUUGGUUCACAAUAGGGAAGAUGAGAGCAGGGGCUGCUGCAGCAUUCUGUGUCCUGCUCUGCAUGGUUGUUGCACCAAGUUGUGGCACUCGUGGCCAGCCAUGCCUUCACUGCAGGUGAAGAACCCUCCACGUAAAGGCUCUUUCUGCGCUGGCUUCAUCCUGGAAAGCUGCUUGUUGAAAUGCCACCUCUUGAAUGAUAAAGCUGUAUUUUCUCUUUUUUUAAAGUCACACAUCAUGGCAAGAAUCUGCUUGAACAAAUCUGAUUGGCAGCUAGAAAGUGUAGAAAUGGAACGUUUCUGUAGUGUGUAGGUGUGGGUGUGGGUGUGGGUGUGCUCUGUGCGAGCCAGUGCAGCCAAGGGACAAAAUGCUACCCAUUAUCAGAGAAACAGUGCAGAGAUCAGGGACAUAAAUAAGCCAGUGCUUCUUGGAUUCGUUGGAACUUGCUGUCUGUUGUGAGAUUACCAGCAUGGCACGUAAUUAAGUAAUGGAAUAUUUUUUCCAUCCUUUCCUGACAUUUUUGUUUGUUGAACUAAUGUCAUGACGUCGUUCAGUCUGUCAUGCAGGCUUUAUUUUUCUCUACCCCAAAGGCAUAACUUGUUAUCUGUUAUGGGAUUGUUGCCAAGGGUUGGAACGAAGCCUUCUUUUGAAAAUGAUGGGGCUGCUGUUUUUCCGAUUCUUACAUUGUAUAUUUUUUUGGUAGGAUUGUGUUUUUUUCAUAUCAGUCUCAUGUAGGGCAUAAUCAGGAGUGGUAAAAGGGAGGUCCUUGUCAGGCUGCAACUCUGUUUUCCUUUUGAUCCCUGGCUCUACAACCUUGAUCUGAUUACUUUUUUUGCAUUAAACCUAACAGGAGUCCUAACUGGACCAGUCCCACUGAUUUUAAUGUGUCUAAUUUGUAUAGGUCCAACAUGUAUAGGAUUUAGAGCCUAAUGUAGUUGUUCCUGGACUAGAUUAGUGGAAGUGGAGUUGAAAUGUAUGAAUUCUUUGUCAUGUCUUGAAAAGAGACCAAAACUUUUCGUGCAUUUACAAAGCCAAUGCCCUGGACAAAAGGCUUGGCUAGAUCUUCCUUUCUGGCCUGCUCGUGCGCAGGGGAAACGGCUUCCAGCACUGGGGAAGUAUUUUGAUAAGUGAAUUCUGCACUUGCUAUCUGACAUGCUGUAUGCCAGAAAUAAAUUACAUGCUGCUGAUCUUGUAGCCUGGCUCUUAAAAGUGGUGCUUUUCUAGAAUGGUAGUUGCAAAUAAGAAAUGGCAGGCAAACAGUAAGCCUUGCUGUGAAACUAAGUAAUCUUCAGCUUGCUGUUUUUUUUAUAUACCUAUGGUGGGAGAAAGUGUACUUUACUUUCAAAGGGCAAACCUAUAUCUAACAUCAAGCAAGGGGCUGAUGCCAAAUAUUUCUUUCUGUCCUGUUCUUUCUGAAAUGUUUCAUUUCAUUUCCCUGAGCUGUUCACACUGUCAUGCAGCUUAUUUGCCUACCCUGAAUCAAUUAAGUGCAUUAGGGGAGAGGAGGAGAGAAUAUGGCAUGGGGAAACAGUGUUUUUUGGACAUCCGUUAAGUUUAUAUCCAUGCCAGUAAUCCAAGGGUAAAACAGUAAGAACACACUCAUUCUUAUUCUUUCAGUGCAAUCCUGUUUCCAAAGGUAAGUGUGAAUAGGAUUGUAGCCUUAAAGCAUCAAUUUUGGAGGCAGCCUGGUGACUUGAACGCAUGUGCCACCAAAUAAAUUCAAGAGGAACUCAUCUCCUCAACACCCUUGAUGAAAUGUUUUCUAUGAAGUGUUAAUAUUCAUUGUAUUUGUGUUCCUUAUUAAACUGAUGAGAACUAGAAUUAAUCUAUGUUCCUUUUAAAGGCUGGCCAUGUUUGUAUCAUUUUUUUCUGCAAGAUGCACCUAGUUUUUUCUUGUGACAAGCAAGUUCAAAUGACUGAAAGAUUGGAAAAAGAAGACGUGUCACCCUGAGAGGCAGCAGUUUACAUUUUCUGAAUUUUGUAGAUAAAUAAAAGUCAUUAUCUAA